GAUAACCCCAGGUCCUGUUCCACGGCAGCGAUAGCCGGUCUCACUGAAGCAACCUGCGACUAACAACUAGCAAAGCAUCCAGAGCUUUGGAAAGGAUGUGCUGUGAGACAGCGACAGUUCAGGGGGGCACGGAGAUCACAACAGAGUGACGCUGCAGGUCUGGACCCAGGCCGCCCCGGCAAAACCUUUUUACCCUGAAUAAUUCAUCCCUCGCAUAGCGACUGGCUGGAAAUGAGGAAGGCAGCGCUGGUGGUUUGGAUCGGCCUUCUGGUGCAAGUGGCCCACGGUGCUCAGGGACAUUAUGCCCGCAAGCUGCUGGCGGACCUGAUGGAGGACUACUCCAACGCUCUGAGACCAGUCGACGACACGGACAAAGCUCUCAAUGUCUCGCUGCAGAUCACCCUGUCACAGAUCAAAGAUAUGGAUGAAAGGAACCAGGUGCUGACCACGUACUUGUGGAUCAGACAGGUCUGGCAUGACGCCUACCUGAAGUGGAACAAGGAGGACUAUGACGACCUAGAGAUGAUCAACAUCCCCAGCGACCUGGUUUGGAAGCCCGACAUCGUCCUCUACAACAAGGCAGACGAGGAUGCAGGUGAAUCCAGCACUAAUGUCAAGUUGCGUUACAAUGGAGAGAUCGUCUGGGACUCUCCGGCGAUCACAAAGAGCUCGUGUGUGGUGGACGUCUCCUACUUCCCCUUCGACUGGCAGCAGUGCAAGCUCACCUUCGGCUCCUGGACCUACAACGGCAACCAGGUGGACAUCAGCUUGGGGAUGGACAGCGGUGACCUGUCGGACUUUGUGGAGAACGUUGAGUGGGAGUGUCACGGCAUGCCGGCGGUCAGAAACGUCAAGAUGUACGGCUGCUGCUCGGACCCUUACACUGACAUCACCUACACCCUGCUCCUGAAGCGCCGCUCCUCCUUCUACAUCUUCAACCUGCUCCUGCCCUGCUUCCUCAUCUCCUUCCUGGCCCCGCUGGGCUUCUACCUGCCGGCCGACUCGGGGGAGAAGGUUUCCCUCGGGGUGACGGUGCUGCUGGCGCUCACCGUGUUCCAGUUGUUGGUGGCAGAGAGCAUGCCCCCCGCAGAGAGCAUGCCCUACAUAGGGAAGUACUACAUAGCCACCAUGACGAUGAUCACAGCCUCCACGUCUCUCACCAUCUUCAUCAUGAACAUUCAUUUCUGCGGCGCCGAGGCCAAGCCGGUCCCUCACUGGGCCAAGGUGCUCAUCAUAGACUACAUGUCCAAAAUCUUCUUCGUCUACGAGGUGGGCGAGAACUGCACCACGGCAGGGAGCGACAAGGCCCCGCUGUACCCGGAGGAGCCCCCGUACAACGACCGGGACGACCGCUUCCUCGACUGCGGCCACGGCGGCGGCGCGCGCGAGUACAGCAACGGCCACGCUGGCGCUCACCCCGGCAGGCCUCACAGAAGCCACGCCAACGGCAAUGCCAACAACAGCCGCCACCAGUACAGCAACCACGGCGGCAGGCUGGAGAGUGGCGAGAGCAAGGGAGGCUGCCCGGCCCCCCCGCCCAACCUCCGGCACCUGAACGGCGGGCCGAAGGAGCAGCUGCUCUACCCUGCGGAGAAGCCUCGGCUCCCAGCCUGCCCCUGCCGCUGCCCCGGCCCGCAGCAUCAACAGGUGGUGAAAAACAUCCAGUACAUCGCCAAUUGCUUCCGCGAGCAGAAGGCCACUUGUGUCAAGGCCGCAGAGUGGAAGAAGGUUGCCAAGGUGAUGGACCGGUUUUUCAUGUGGAUAUUCUUUGUGAUGGUCUUCCUCAUGAGCAUCCUCAUCAUCGCCAAGGCAUCCUGACAGCCCCCCAUCGUCUUCUGACCACACCGAGAACUUUCGUCCUCCUCGUCCUCCACUUCUCAAGUUAUGCUCGUCUUCACUUCAAUGCAACACCAGGCAACUGUUUUAUACGUGUGUCAGCAUUGUGUUGUGUUUGUGUUGCGUGUGUGUGGGUCAUCCGUUGAACCGGGGGGGGGGAGUCCAUCAAAGCCUCUCACUGAGAUAUCUUCAGGGGUGAACCCGGGCCUCGGACUCUCCAUUAUGGAUGAGCCAACAGUCAUCCAGCUAUAGGCAUCUCAUUACUUGCAUUACAUUUAAGGGCCGAUGGACGAUGUUUUUUUCCAGACUCAGUUACAAUGAGAGCCGCAGCAGAUUGACCUGGAUAGGAGACACCCCCCGGUGAAUAAGGUAACAAAAGUUGAAGUAAUAGAUACCAGCAUGAAUUCAAAAUGCUGAUUACAUUACAUUUACACAAUAAUUUGUUGGAGUUACAAGUUUUAUUAAAAUGGUAUGUUUACAAAAGUCUACAAAUGUAAAUAGACAUAUUUUUUAAAAAUAAACAUCCCAAAUUCUUGAUAUUUAUCAGU